ACGAAAGUGAUGACGUUAUUAUCACAAAAGUUAGACCAUAUCAUAAAAGUCAUUCUUCAGUCACUGGUUAUAGUGUUGUAGGACUAUUUAACACUAGAUGCUGUUCUUCAUCGACCAGUUACGGAGUAGCUGAUCUAUCUUCACAUUCCAGAGUUUAUAGAUUUGAUGAAACAAUAAUU